AUGGAUCUGUUCCAGGCGGUGUCGGGAUACGUCACGCGGAUGGUGACGGCAGGCGACAGCAGCGUGGGAACGGGCGGACUGUCGUCGGGAUCGUCACUGCCGUCGUCCGUGUCGGCCAAGAUGAAGAUUCUGUUGUUGGACCGCGAGACAGUGCCGAUUGUGUCGACGGCGGUGACGCAGUCGGCACUGCUCAACCACGAGGUGUAUCUGAUCGACCGGCUAGACAAUGCGGGACGUGAAAAGAUGCGGCAUCUGCGAUGCUACUGCUUUGUGCGGCCGUCGGCAGAGGCGAUCCAGCAGCUGGUGGAGGAGCUGCGGGACCCGCGAUACGGCGAGUACAACCUCUUCUUUAGCAACGUGGUCAAGAAGUCGUCCAUGGAGCGGCUGGCCGAGGCCGACGACCACGAAGUCGUCAAGCGCGUGCAGGAGUACUUUGCCGACUUUGUCGUCAUCAACCCGGACCUGUUCUCGCUCGACUUCAGCAUCCGCGGCCGUAUGGGCAGUGCCAAGAACAGCAAUAGCCCCAUCACGCACGUAUGGGGGGCCAGCCCGGAUGCGUGGAACGCGGACGCGCUGCAGCGGUCGACCGAAGGCGUGCUGGCGGCACUGCUGGCGCUCAAGAAGAAGCCAUUGAUCCGGUAUGCGCGCAGCAGCCUGCUGGCCAAGAAGCUGGCGACCGAGGUGCGAUACCGCAUCGCCCAGGAGGAGCAGCAGCUGUUCGACUUCCGGCCCGUCGACACGCCGCCAAUUCUGCUGAUCGUCGACCGUCGCGAGGACCCGAUCACGCCGCUACUAACCCAGUGGACGUAUCAGGCCAUGGUGCACCAGAUGUUCGGCAUCCACAACGGGCGCGUGGAUCUGCAGGCCGACGGCGACGGCAACGGCGACGGUGACAACAGCAACAACAACAACAGCAGCAGCGAUCCGGCGUCGGGACUGCGCGAGACCGUGCUGUCGCAAGACCAGGACCCGUUCUUCAAGCGGAACAUGUUCCUCAACUUUGGCGACCUCGGGUCCAACGUGAAGGAGUACGUGGAGCAAUUCCAGGCGCGGCACAAGAACAACGAGAACCUCGAGUCCAUCUCGGACAUGAAGCGCUUCGUCGAGGAGUACCCCGAGUUCCGUAAGCUGUCGGGCAACGUGAGUAAGCACGUGCACCUGAUCUCGGAGCUGAGUCGCCGCGUCAACGACGAGAACCUGCUGGAGGUUAGCGAGUGCGAACAGAGCAUAGUCUGCAACGACAACCACGCGGCAGACUUGAAGACCAUCCAGAAGCUGAUCCAGAGCCCGACCGUGUCGUCGGCCCACAAGGUCGGUCUGGUGGCGCUGUACGCGCUGCGCUACGAGAAGCAGCCGCAGAGCGGGACGACCGUGGCGAUGCUGGUCGAGCUGCUGACAGCGGCCGGUGGCGUGCCGUCGUGGCAGGCCGACCUGGUGGCCAAGCUGCUGGCCUACGAGCACUCGCUGCAGCACCGGAGCGGCGGGGGAGCCGGUGGCGACGACGGGGCUGGCGGUGGCGGCGGCAUUGCCGAGAUCUUUGAGUCGAGCGGCAUCUUUGGCGGCGGUGCCAAGGCGCUGCGCGGACUCAAAGGCGUCGACAACGUCUACACGAUGCACUCGCCCCUGCUCGAGACCACGCUGCACAGCCUCGUCAAGGGCCGCCUGCGCGAGCAGCAGUACCCCUUCGUCGACGGCGGCGGCGCCACGCGCGACAAGCCGCAGGACAUUAUCGUAUUUGCCAUUGGCGGCACCACGUACGAGGAGGCCAAGGCCGUUGCCGGACUCAACGCCUCGACACCGGGCGUGCGCAUCGUGCUCGGCGGCACUACCGUCCACAAUGCCACCAGCUUCUGGGACGAGAUCGACAGCGCCGUGUCGUCGUGGCCGGAGCCGCCACCCAACACGACCGCCGGUCGGCUGCGCAAGGAGCUUGGGAGGAGGUGGAAGGAGGGGGGGAGAAAACACGACCGACGCAAACAGGCCCCCGGAACACGGGCUCAACUCACCCGCGCCGACCCCCUGGAUGGCCAUGUGUCGCCGCAGCGCCUGGCCACAAUGCUGAGACUGACUAGGAGGACGACGAGGGCGGCGACGGAGACCAAUGGCUGUGGUUGGGGCCGCAGCCAGACAGCAGCUGCCGUAUCGACGUCAGCAGCCAUGCCACAGCUGCCACGAUCGUGGAUCCUGGCACGGCGACGACAGGACGCUGCACGGCCGGUGCUGCUGUCAGCAGCCGCUGUCUGGAGGCGACCAGGCAGUCUGACACGCAGCUUGUCGGACAAUUCGAGCCCAUCCCGUCGCGAAAACAUCUACACGGUCCCCAACAUGCUGACGGUGGCCCGUCUGGCAGCCGCCCCGUUUGUCGGCUACUGCAUCCUGCACGACAUGCCCGGCACGGCUCUGGGACUUCUCGCUGCUGCUGGCGUGUCCGACCUGCUCGACGGCUGGAUCGCACGGCGCUGGCAGCUGCGUACUGUCGUCGGCAGCAUCAUCGACCCCAUGGCCGACAAGGUGCUCAUGACCGUUCUGGCCGUCAGCCUCGCCGCUGAGGGUGGCCUCCCGCUCUGGCUGGCUGCUCUUAUUCUUGGCCGUGACGCCGGCCUCGCUAUCGCUGCCGUCUACUACCGCUGGGUCUCCCUGCCGCCACCCAAAACCCUCGCCCGCUACUGGGAUUUCUCCCUGCCGUCUGCCGAGGUCCGCCCGACUACCAUCAGCAAGUAUAACACCUUCUUGCAGCUCGCUCUCAUGGCUACCACCACCGCCGCGCCCGUCGCCGCCUCGGCCGGCCUCGAUCUUGCUACCGGCCUGACCGCAAUGCAAUAUGUCGUCGCCGGCACCACCGUCUGGAGCGGCCUGAGCUACGUCUACAGCAAGGAUGCGGUCAAGAUCCUGUCGCAGGACCGGACGGGGUCCAAGUCCAAGUAG